ACAUCUCGAACGAGUAUUAGUUUAUAUCCUGAUUUCCACGAAGCCACAGGUAUGGAGCCAAAACUGAGUUCCAUCUUCGCCUUGUUGCUGACGCUAGCAGCGGCUCUCUAUUGUCAGUCAGCCACUCCGGAGAAACUGUCUGACGACUUCGGAGCCGUGAAAGGAAGGCAGAAGGUGAAGUACGUGGGCGCCGUUCUGGAAUACGAACCGUACAUCGACUGGAAGGACGGAGGCGAAGAGAUCGUCAGGGAGAACUCAAGGAUCAUCGCCGAAUACGCAGCCGACGCCAAGUCUCAGGGUGCGGACAUCAUCAUAGCUCCGGAGUAUGGCCUUACCGGCUUGGAAAUGCACAUCCUGAGACCGAAGGAGCUUUUCUCUCUGAUGCAAUAUGUCCCUGAUCCAGGUCUCAGCGUCGUCCCCUGCACGACUCCAGUGGAUCCACCAAAUGUCGUCGCCGUCCAAGAUUUGAGUUGCUCUGCCAAAGAGAACGCGAUGUACAUCGUGGUGGAUGUUGCAGAGGCCAGCCCUUGCUCCCCGGACGUCCGCAAUCCCUUCAACAACACCUUGGACACUUCGAGGGACUGUCCCAAAUCGGGCUACAUCUACUACAACACCCAGGUGGUCUUCGACAGGAGCGGAGCUGUGAUCGCAAGAUACAGAAAACAAAACUUGUUCCUGGAACCACAGUUCCACAGCGGACUGGAUCCAGUAGAGAGCGCCAUUUUCACGACCGACUUCAAUGUUACGUUCACCCUACAGAUUUGCUUCGACAUAUGCUUCGUAAAACCUGGGUUGUGGAACGUUGUGACUUAUGGGAUAAAUGAUGUGGCCAUGAGUACUGCCUGGGUUGAUGUCCUUCCUUUCUUCCUAGCACCGUCGUUUCAGAAUGCAUGGAGCCGGUCCUUCGGGGUCAACCUUCUGGUCUCGGGAUAUCAUAACCCGGAAAAAUCGAAGCUUGGGUCGGGGAUUUACCAAGGGCCGUCGGAUGCUCGGGAAAUCACCUACAUCUCUGAUCCGGAUUCUGGAUCGAGGCUCCUGGUUUCGGAGGUGGAAACAUACGCAUCUGAGGCCGGUCGCUUCGAUCCGGAUACCGAUUCAAGGCUUCUGUUUCCGGAGGUGGAAACAUACGCCUCUGAAGCCGGUCGCUUUGAUCAGGAUACCGAUUCGAGGCUCCUGUUUCCGGAGGUGGACACUCAUGCGUCUGAAGCCGGGCGCUUCUUCAGAGUUUCAAGGAAGGAGCACGGACGAAGUAACAGUAGUCACAAGCCGUUCGCUGCAGAGGAACAUAGCAGAGAGCAGAGCAGAAACCUCACCGUCUACUUCGACGACAUUUCGAUGUACGCCAACGUGCCCCUCGUCCACGAUGGAAACGCCCUCCAACGGGCCGAGGCCUGUCACGAUGAUGGCUUCUGCUGCAGCCUCUCCUACUACCCGACGGGGAAACUCAACUACAGCCUCGUAGCAUUCAGCGGGAUGGUCAUGGAACAUCUGCCGUACCACAUCUACAACCAGGUUUGCGCCGUUCUCUGGUGCCAGACGGAUGACGUCAAUACCUGCACGCACGUUGAGGAAGGGCUUCCGGAAAGUGACACCUUUGGAGCAUUCAAGCUGAGUGCUCCCUUCGAUACUGCCUGUGUCUACCCUUCUCUGGUCCACAGGAACUUCAGCCUCGCCGAAAACAGUCUGUACAGUUUUCCAUACAAUCCGCAGUUAACUUCAUCCACCGAGGAUGAAGUGCUGUUCACUUUAUCCACUGGGGACCCGGUGACUGAUUUGCUCGUCACUGGAAUGUUUGGGCGUUGGUAUUCACGAGAUGAUGGAGGCAACCAUACUAGUGUCUGCUGAAUAUGAUUUCAACAGUUAAUGACCAAUGAUCAUUGGUAUAUACGUAUA